AUGAGGCUCUUGAUUGUUAACCCCAGAAUCGCGAUUCAACCGUUCACCAUUUGGCUAUACAGAUUGAACCCGAAAUCCAACUUCAACCCACCUGACGCUAGCUCCUUAAGCUGCAUCGGUGGAAGAUGCAAAUUGGACCCGGAUAAGGACCAGACCCGCUUUUCGACUUCCUGGUCUUCUAGAGUUCAGCUUUCUUGCCAGCUCCGUUGCGAUAACAGAGUCGGACCUGGCUGA